CCGACACACCAAGAGUGUCCAUCUCCGAAAGGGUCAGACUCUCAAUGGGCGACCACUCGCCGUCGUCGUCGACGUCGGCUAGUGACCCACACAAGUCUACAUUUGUUAACUGGUGAGCAUUCCCUGUCGAUCGUCGCGACUACUGUAUGUGCGAACAGCACGCUCAUGCCCCCCUACUCUUGCUUGAUUACCAUCAGCCUACCACCUCUUAUCACUGAGAAGAAACAGUCGACCCGUGCAGGGCGUCUGUCGAGUUCUUCGACCUCUUCAUCAGUUCGCAACAUCGUCCUUGGGCUUGCCAAAGGCGUCGACAAGCGACUUGCUCGGCGUCGCGCCCGGAUCCGAUCCUCCUGGUCUCUCUUUGUGUGCUGGCCCACCUCUGUCUGCCAUCACAAGUCUCUCCGAAGACAGCCUGUACGCGUGCACGCACGUUGCACAGUAAUCUCCUCGACAGUCGUUGUCAUGGCAGCUCCCCCCCCUUAUGCAGUCGACUGGGUCCCCUCGUCGUCAGUCUCCGCACCAGCGUCGAGCAGAAGAGGAGAACACACACCCAGUCGUUCCCCGCAAACCCCACUGGCCGGCAAUCGCCCCAGCUGCCACAAAGAAGACACCCAACAGGACAUCGCCCGUGUUCACACACACACUUUCCCGGGCCUACCCGCCCACUACUCCUUCAAUGGACUACGUCGGUCAUUUUGGCCCGUCGUCGCAAUACUCGACCUCGCUGUCGAUCGUGCGGUACUCCGUCACUGCCGUAUGUCCCCCUUGUUGUCCCUCAUGUUCCACACUUAUUACUAUUUCAUCUCGUCUAUCGUCUGUUAUCGUCCCUCCCGUAGCUUCUUCCUUGUCUCUGUUCAGUGCGCCCGACAACGUUCUCCCUCGAUCGAUCAGCGGGUGGCUGGCCCGAGCUGACCCAGCCUGGCCUCCAGUCCGCGCUCGAAUGUUGCCCUUUCCUAUCGCUGCUCCGCUACUUGCUUGACUUUGUUACGAAUUGAUAUUGUCAGUCUUCAUUAUGUGUGAUUGUCCGUUCUAAAGAUGAUAGAAGUGCCCCUUACGGGUUGGGAUGCCCAUCGCCGCCUGCAUUCCGUUCCGUCACGACGCG